ACAAAUAAUUGAUAAUAUAUCUAAGUUUUAUCCUAUCUGUUAGAUAAUGGGCUCUAGGAAUGAGAUUAUGGAAUAUAAGAAGGAGAGAAUUGGGAAAUUCAUGCAGAUGGAAGAAGAGGAUGACGAACUGUUUUUUGUAAUUGUUCCUGCCAUACUUCAAGGUCUAAAUGAUGAAAAAAGGCCAGUACAUACUUCACAAUAUACUGGUGCUAAAAAGAUGAAAGAAAUUCUUGAGGGGCAUGAGAGUUGGUGUAGGUCAGAGUUCCGCAUGGAGCAAGAGAUAUUUAAGGCUACAUCAAAUUAUCUUAGGCGGGAGGGUCUACUUCGUGACACACGCGGUGUUAGAGUUGAGGAACAAUUGGGAAUGUUUAUGUUCAUGAUCUCGCACAAUGCUAGCAAUGAAAGGAUGCAAAAGGCAUUUCAACAUAGUGGUGAAACGAUCCACAGGCACAUAAAGGCAUUUUUUGAUAUAAUUCCUACUCUCACCCACAAAUUCCUGAAGCUUCCUAGUUCCAACCAAACUCACCCCAAGAUUGCAUCGGACUCUCGAUUUUGGCCAUUCUUUAAGGUGAGCCAUAUACAUUAGAUCCAUCAAUUUCCCCAACCUUUUCUUUGUCUUAAGUUUGUAUUGUUUAUGCAGAAUUGCAUUGGUGCCAUCGACGGCACGCAUGUCCCAAUCACUAUUGCAGAAGAUAAAGCCCCCCGUAUAGGAAUAGGAAAGGCACACUAUCGCAGAAUGUGAUGGUAGUGUGCGACUUGAAUUUAAACUUCACAUUUAUCUCAUGCGGGUGGGAAGGGUCUGCAUCAGAUGCUGGAGUCCUUAGGUCAGCUAUUACAAAGGGGUUUCACGUGCCAAAGGGCAAAUUCUAUCUUGUAGAUGGUGGGUAUGCAAACACACCAUCAUUCCUCGUGCCUUAUCGUGGAGUUCGGUACCACCUCAGUGAGUUUAGAAGGCGGCGCUCAUCUCGAAGAAGGGAAUAUGCAGAUCACAAGGAGCUAUUCAACCACCGCCAUGCAAUUCUCAGAAACCAUAUUGAGAGGGCUAUUGGGGUUCUAAAGAAGCGGUUUCAAAUUCUGAAAGUGGGUACACAUCAUCCCAUAGAAUCUCAGAUAAAGAUUCCAGCUGCAGCUGCAGUAUUUCAUAACAUAAUUAGAGGCCUAAAUGGAGAUGAGGAUUGGUUGGAUCACCAACCUACUUAUAUCCCACAAAUUGAUUAUGUUGAUCUGCCAGAGGGAGAUGACAACUAUCAAAAUGAUGUGGAGUCAGUGAGCUUACAAAUUGAUGAUGGGACUGUUCUUCGAGAUCAAAUUGCUAUGCAGAUGUGGGACCAAUACAAUCAAA